CCAGAGAUCAGCAGCAGACAGAAACAUGCAGCAGGUAGUUUGGAUCAGUCUGGUUCUGCUGAAUGUCGUCUGGAUCUCCUUCUUUUUAACUCCAGAUCUGGACUUCUCAGUGUUUGUGCAGAGGAGAAGCAACAGCAGCUCUGAUGAGACGUUCAUGAUGGAGUUCUGCCUUCAGCCAGAACUGAAGGCAGAACUGGACUUGAUGUCCACUUCUGCCACGAAGUGGACAUCAACUGAAUCUUCAGCCAGGGGACCAGAUGAGGACAUCAACAUCAUCACAGAACUCACUGUAAUUGCAGAACAAGACCUCAAACAGACUGAAAUGUUCGGCUCAGCUGACCAGAACAACCCGUCUACUCAAACUGAUCAUGAAGCCAAUAGAGACUUGGAUGAACACACACCGAGUUCCUCCGAGGUGAGCCGCAGCAUCGGUCCACAGCCUGCUAUGGCUCCAAAUAAAACUCCACCCAGAGUUCCUCAACCAUGCGAAAAUUUUCCAGAUACUGACAUGUGCUGCAUCAAGUUUACCAAUAGGAAAAUAUCUGUAGCAACUAUUACGCAAAUACUCAGAACCACAGAGCUGUGUUCUUUGAAGGCUUUUGUGCUGGUCACUAGAACCAAGAAAAUGUUUUGCAUCAGUCCAGAUCACAUUUGGUUAUAUACUCGCCUGCGAAGAUUAUGCUGAGAUCCGUCAACUUUGUUCAGAAUUUACUUAACAGUCAAAAAGGCCUGAAAACUCAAGGACAAAUUUAAAGAUUUUGCUUUAAAGUUACAAUCAUUGUUUGUUUUCCUAAAUAUUCUUUUGUAAAUUUUGUACAACUGUCAGCAGUGGUGGCAGUAGUGUGCUUUCUUUGGCUAAGAAUGAAAAAAAAAAAAAAGAUGAGCGUUUUCUUUGGCUGUGUUUUUCAUUAAUAAAGGUUUUAUCAAAUGACUGAUUUUUGAUUAUUGAUUAUUGGAAUGGAAGCUUUAAGCAAGACAAGCUCAUCUGUGUUGUGUUUAUGCACAUGAUCAUGUUCAAAUUUAAGCCAAGAAGGAAGCAGUGAAAUGCAAAUUGUGAAGAAAUGAAUUGCUGAAAUUUGAUUGUAGAAACUAGUUCUGCUCUUUGCUCAUGUUUUUUCCUGUUGUAAUUGAUUUAGAUUAUGAUUUAUUAGCUGAAAGUUGAAAAUUUUACCUUUUGGAAAUAGGCCAGGGCUGCACAGUGGUGCAGUUAGUAGCACUGCUGCCUUGCAGCAAGAAGG